AAUGGUGGCGGCGCGCUCGGCGCUGAGGGCCACCCAAAAUGGCGGCGGCGAUGGCGGCAGUCCCGUCUCCCCUGAGGGCCCGUUACCCGCUGCCCGCUCCGCUCCGAGCCCUCCCCGCAGCCGCGGGGCCCCUCCCGUGUGCUGGGCAGGAAAUGUGGCAAUACACAAACCAACAUGGAAUAUCCUAAAUCAGUCCCACCGAUCCUUUGAUUAUCACAGCAAAUUUAGAAGCUCACAUGGUGCAUCUUGGAGAAAGGGCCACACAGCCUCGGCCAUACAAGGGACCUGCUGCCAGGGGCAGGGCUGCUCCGAGGAGUUGAUCCUUUUGCUGAAGGAGAACCAAGACCUGAUGAGGAUGUGCCUGGGCCUCUGCUCUCUGCAGAGGGCAUUGCUGAGAGAGAAGGAAACGGAUGACUCGGAAGAGGAGGAGACUCCACUCCUCCACUUGACCAUGGAUCCCCAGCUCCAGCAAGGCCCUUCCCUGCAGAGCCCCACACCCACCACCCCAGAGGAACCAGGCAGCUCAUCCUCAUCUCACUCCAGGCAGCAGAUCCUCAGUUCCUCAGCCAUUGCUGGGGAUCUUUCCACCUCUCCCUGCUGCUGGGUGGCCCUGGCAACUCCUUUUCCUCCAGUUCUCUGCUCCAGAUUUCAGCCAGUCCCAGCACAGACUGUGAACCCCCCUGCCCUCAGCCAGACCCAACACUGCUGUUCAGACCCUUCCCUUAAAUCUCUUCUAGGUUGUUACUUAGAGUUUAGAAUUAGGACCUUAUACAUUGUUUAUUGUGUAGAAUAGAAAUCAAAAUUGAAGAUAAUACUUUAUCAAAAAUAAAAAAUAAAAAUUUUACAU